AAAAUGAAAAUAAUUAUUUUUAUUUUUCUAUUUAUUUGUCAAUAUUUUAUUCCAAAUUUAUCAAAUAAAGUAAUAACUCCACUUAAAGAAUUACAUAUUGGAGCAUUUUUUCCAAUGGAAUCUGGGUCUGGUGGGUGGCCUGGAGGACAGUUAUCCGUACAAAUGGCAUUAGAAGAUGUGAAUCUAGAUUUGGGUUUAUUACCUAAUUAUGCACUUAGAUUACAUCACAAUAAUAGUAAAUGUUCUCCUGGUUUAGCUGCUCGACAAUUAUUUGAAUUACUUUAUAAUGACCCAACAAAACUUAUUUUAUUAGCAGGAUGUUCCCCAGUAACUACAAUGAUUGCAGAAUCUGCACAUGUUUGGAAUUUACUUGUUUUAUCCUAUGGAGCAUCAUCUCCAGCUUUAUCCAAUCGGGAACGUUUUCCAACACUUUUUAGAACACAUCCUUCAGCAAAUAUGCAAAAUCCAACUAGAGUUCAUUUAUUUGAACGUUUUAAAUGGAAAAGAAUAACAAUUUUACAAUCAGCUGAAGAAGUUUUUGAUUCGACAGCUAAAGAUUUGGAGGAACAAUGUAGAGAAAAAGGGAUUAGAGUUGAAAGACACAGUUUUUAUGGAGAUCCAAAAGAUGCUUUAAAAGCAAUUAGAAGACAAGAUGCUAGAAUUAUUGUUGGACUUUUUUAUGCUACCGAAGCACGAAGAGUUCUCUGUCAAGUAUUCUUAUUUUCCUUUAAAAUUAAAAAACAAUUUAAGGCUUAUCAUUAUGGACUAUAUGGACAUAAAUUUGAUACUUGGUUUAUUCCACAUCCAGAUGAAGGAUUAAAUUGUACAAGAAAAAAUAUGGAGCAGGCUGUUCAAUAUCAUUUUACAACAGAAUCUAUUAUGUUAAGUAGAGAUACUUUACCGACAAUUUCUGGAAUGACUGGGGCACAAUUUUUAAAACGUUUGCGUCGUCGAAUAAUUACAGACCCGCAAGAGACAGGUGGGUGGCCUGAAGCACCUUUAGCUUAUGAUGCUGUUUGGGCGUUAGCUUUAAUGUUAAAUUGCACAAUGGAUAAAUUAAUUAAUGGAAAAGGACUUCAACAAUUUAAUUAUAAAAAUAAAAUAAUUGCUAAAAGAAUGUUUGAAUGUAUGAAAAAUAUACAAUUUAGGGGUGUUUCUGGCCAAGUAAUGUUUAGCGAUUUGGGUGACAGAAUUGCUCGAACACAAAUUGAACAAAUGCAAAAUGGAAAAUACAUUCUUCUUGGUUAUUAUGAUUCCAGUACACAAACUUUAGAAUGGAAAAAUAAAGAAAAGUUUAUUGGAAGUAAAGGACCACCUUCUGAUUCAACAAGGAUUAAACAAUGGCCUAUUGGAGUUGAUUAUAGAUUAUAUUUGGUUUGUGUUAAUAUAAUGGUUGUUGCUAUUGUUUUUUGUAUUUCUAUUUUUAUUUUCAAUCAACGGUAUUCUCAUAGACGAAUAAUAAUUCAAUCACAAAGACAAUGCAACAAUUUAUUAAUUGCUGGGUCUGUCCUAAGUUUAUUUUCACUGGCACCUAUUGGAUUUCCACAAGACGGGGCUAAUGAUGAUUCUAUUGGACAAAUAGCUACUUUAGGAGGAGAAAAUAAAAUUUAUUCGACUUCUCCUUUUCUAUUUAGUGCUUUUUGCCAUUUAAAAUUGUUAUUGUUAAUGAUGGGAUUUUCUUUGGCAUAUGGCUCGCUUUUUGCUAAAGUUUGGGUUGCACAUAAACUUGGCUCUAUCCAAAAGAAUAGACAAAUGACUGCAGCUAAUGCUAAUAAUAACAAUGAAGAAUCCUCAGAUGCUGGUGGUUGUAGUAAUAUUCAAUUAAAUUCCCAACAAAUUCCUCCAACUCCUUGGGAUUCUAUUAGAACAUUAUUAACUGCAAUAACAAACAAACAAGCUAUUGUAGCCAAUGCUUUAAGGAAAAUAUCUCAACAUUCUUAUGGAAAUUUAUCUUCAGCAAGUGCUGGAAGUAAAUCUCCGGCCCCAAAUAGAAAAAAUAUAGCUAUGUUACAAACAUCUUUGUCUGUUAAUUUAUUAAAUUUGGUUAGAUUAUUUUAA